AUGAGCGGAAGAGAAUAUGGUCGAAUCCAUUCCUGGGGUUUCGGUCCAAAGCGAGGAGGAGAUUUCGAGCUCCAUAGCCCGUGCUCCCACCUCGAAUUGCCACAAACCAUUGUGGAACCAAUUUUGCUUAGAUACGCGACCCAGCAUGGAUUUCCAUGUCGAUUCGGCUCUCGACUCGUACGGUUUGACGAUUCCGCGGUCGACCAUGUCAUGGUGGAAGUCGAAGAUCGAAUCUAUGGGACCAUCCAGAAAAUCAAGUGCAAAUAUCUCUUUGGUGCAGACGGUGCAAAGAGUCGCAUUGUUCAGCAGUUGGGCUUGCCUCUAAACGUCCAACCUAGCCAAGGCAUUGCCCUGAACGUCCUUCUUCGAGCUGAUCUGUCCGAUAUAAUGAAGACUCGAGUGGGGAACUUGCAUUAUGUCAUUCAACCUGAUGUGGAAAUGCCCGAUUUUGCUGGAUGGUCUAUCAUGCGAAUGGUGAAGCCGUGGUAUGAAUGGCUUGUCAUUAUGAUGUACAAACCAGACUGCCCAGCAGAUUUCACGCCCACGCAGGAACAGGUUCAAGAGCAGGUCAAGCGCGUUAUAGGAGGCCCUACUAUCCCGGCAGAGAUUCUGCGCAUUGAUAAAUGGAUUAUCAACGAGAUCGUUGCGGAGAGCUACAGCAAAGGUCGAGUAUAUUGCCUGGGAGAUGCCGUACAUCGUCACCCACCCAUGAAUGGACUUGGGGCGAAUACCUGCAUUCAAGAUGCCGCAAACCUUGCUUGGAAGGUAGCGAUGGUGGAAAAAGGAAUUGCGGGAGCGUCACUCCUGGACACCUAUAGUGUUGAACGUCAACCCGUUGGAGCCGGGGUUGUCCAAAGAGCUAAUGCUUCAUUACGAGAGCAUAUUCCUAUUUUCGACACCCUCGGAUUCCUUGAUCCGUCCCUGGAGGGGCGAAAAGCACAGCUCGCGAUUCUGGAUGAGGAAUCCGACCGUGGCCGAGUUCGACGCCGCAGACUCAUGGACGUGAUCGAUGAAACAAGUCAUGAAUUUCAAGCACAAGGUUCAGAUAUGGGCCAGCAAUAUGAGUCCUCAGCUGUCUUUCUCGAUGGCGCUGGGCAACCUCCGAAAUUACCGUCAGAUCCAGUACUUUUCUAUGAGCCGCGUACGUUUCCAGGCAGGCGACUACCACAUGCCUGGCUGAAUACCAGUGUACCAUCGAGACAGGUUUCGACUUUGGAUCUCAGUGGCAAAGGCAGAUUUACAAUCUUCACUGGGCACGGAGGCGAGCCCUGGCUCAAGGCUGCCGCUCAGACGAGAGAGAGUUUAGGCGUCGAGGUGACGGCACACGCAGUUGGCUUCGGUCUUGAGUACGAAGCCGUGUACAAUGACUGGUAUCGCUUGCGUGAGGUUGAGGAGGACGGAUGUGUCCUUGUUCGACCUGAUAACUUCGUGGCCUGGAGGAGUCAGGGGAUGCUCAGUGGAAGGCAGUCAGAGGAUGAGGAUAACGGAUCUCAGAUGGACACGGCAUCACUCCUUCGUCUCCAGAAUGAGAAACUGGACCUCCUGAUCCGUAGGACAGCCGUCAUGGAUCUUGCAUACAAGCUGCCUGUGCACGAAGAUCUUAGGAGAGAGAUUUUCACCUCAUUACCCAGACAGCCCUUGCCUUUGUUUCAAGGCUCGACUAGUGCCUUCUUCUGUAUCAAUUACAUCGAUGUCGGUGCCGGAAAACUUGGACAGCCAUUCUUUGAGGGUUCCUUCAUCCCGUUGGCAGCCACGCCCUCACCAAUGCCAGCCUCCCUCUCCAUUGUUCAGGGGCAAAUCAUCGAGGGCGAAGCGAGUGACAUCAGCGGAAAUUAUCUGAUUGAUAACGACGCUCCGAUAGAAGGCAGCCCUGGCGCGAAAUUCCCUUUUCCGUCAGUUGCUUUGCCGUCACACUGUCCGCUCGCCGAAUUAGAUGGCCACUUUGUCAUUCGGAUGGUCCAGGUCUACGGACGCCUUGGAGGAGCAAUGUAUCCUAUCGUGGACAUUGCCGAGCUCACCCAGAAAGCGAGAUGCUUCUUCGAUGCUAAGGCUGAUCUUCAAUCAUCCCGAGGCAGGCAUGAUUCAGUCUUCAUGGAAAUUGCCCGGGACGACUUGGCCAUACUGAAGUUCGUGGUCGCAAUUGCUCUUCUAGCACAAGGCGAUAUGCAUGCUGAGAUGGCAUCGAGGCUGUUUCAAACUCUUCGACCAACGAUAGAAGCCAUGGUCUGGAACGUCGCGGUGGAUUUGAAAGACUUGGUUUUGAUGACGCUAGCGGCACUCUAUCACCUCCACUGGGGCAAAUGGCGUCUGGCCUGGCGCUUGGUUGGUGAUCUCACGCGAAUGGUGCUCGAGCUGGGCUUGAAUCGCGAGAUUGUGCUUUCCCGUGCGUUUCCCGACCCGAAAACUCGUGUUCGAGCAAUCAACACGAUAUGGACAAUCUACGUUCUGGAACAACACCUCAGUCAUGCGUUAGGCUUUUCCAACGCCAUGCACGGACUCAGCCUUGAGCUCAACUUCCCCCUGCCUGUCGAAGCCCCUUUCUUAACACUGAUGAUUGAAUAUGCACGUAUCGGGAAGCAAGCCUGCGACACGCUCUUGAGCGACAAAGACUUUAAUCAGCAGCAAGUGAGCAACUGGCAGGAGGACUACGCCUUUUUUCAAUACCGACUUGAGCGAUGGACAGUCCUCAUGUCGAACACCUUUGAAACCUCUGACAUGGACCAAGACAUCCGCCCAGACUUUCGAAUCGUUCGCACAAUCCUCGACCUCCGUGCAAACCAUCUUCGAAUCCUCGUUGCUCGUGCCUUCCUUUGUACCGGCCUCCGGAACGCAGCGCCUUCGGACAUCUGGACGACAUCUGUCAACAUUGCAGUUGAUUCAGUUCAAGUUUUCGCGCAGAUGGAUACCUCGACGCAGGAAUACCGGUUCCACCAGGUCCAAUUCAACCACUUUCUCAUCGUUGCCUUGGACAUGUUACUCUUCAUUACAACCCACCGAUCUUCGAUUUGCGGUUCUCCCUCGGCAAACGGAGAACAGCUCCCUGUGCCUGAAGAUGUAGUCCCGAAAGCUCAACAGAGCUCGGUCGUUGCACUAAAUAUCCUCCGCAAUCUGGCCGAAACCUCCAAUCAUUCCAAACACCUGUGGGAGCGGGUUCGAGGAGUGGCCUCUCGUCUCAAUUUAUCAAGCUAUUUGUUCCCCACUGCUGCGGACCACGAGAUAUAUCCUCCUGCCAUGCAUUCUGGGAGCGGACACUCCGGUGUUGAAGAGACAGCUGGCGAUGCUGGUCUAGCAAAACACCACACGAACGUUGAUCAUCAUGAACCCCAGAAUUUUCCAUUUACCUUCCCAACAGGAGACAUGGGGACCUGGGAGUUCCACGGCCUACUUUCCUCGCCAGUGUUUGAUCAUUUGCAAGAUUUGGGCAGCCUAGCGGACAAUACGUGGAUUCGGUAA